AUGAACAGCGCAAUCAUACAUUGGAUUACCAUCCUUUAUUCAGGGUUGUUUUUGCUAGCAAAUGCCCAGAGCACAAGUACGGUGGGUCUUCUCGAGGAGCUUGGAAACGAUGGAGAGCCCUCUUCUUUUUUCCCAUUGGAUCUUUGCAAAGGAGACUGUGAUGAUGACGAUGAAUGUUCAGGGAGCAUGGUUUGUUUUCAACGAAAUGGUAAUGAACAAGUUCCUGGUUGUAGAGGCACUGCCGAGACUGGGACAGACUACUGCAUUAUUCCCCCCAACUUUCGCCCCCCUGUUGCCGCAACAACACUACCUCCUACACCACCUCCAACACAAAAUCCCACUUCAAAGCCGAAUCCCAGCCCGGUCAAUCCACCAACCACCAACUCAACAAUUGCACCAGCCCCAAAUCUAACACAGAACCCAACACCCAACCCCGUUGCUCCAUCUCCUAACCCAACACCUAAUCCCACAUUUCAGCCAACCCAGAACCCAACACCAAAUCCAACCAACGCACCCGUUGCUGUGCUCAUGAUAGUUGGAAAUGAUGGAUCACCUUCUUCUGCAUUUCCAUUGUCACGUUGUGAGGGAGAUUGUGAUGAUGACGGUGAAUGCCAGGGUAGCCUCACUUGUUUCCAGAGAUCAGGCAAUGAGCCUGUACCAGGCUGUGUUGGCAUUGCCGAGAGUGAAAGUGACUACUGCAUCCAACCACAACCAACUCCACAGCCCACACCCAUUCCAACAUUUUCCCCAGUCAAUCUUCCAGCAAAUCAGCUUUUGGAGGUUGGAAAUGAUGGGGACCCCCCUGGCGUCUUUCCCCUGCAAGAAUGCCGUGGAGAUUGUGAUGAUGACGGUGAAUGCCAGGGUAGCCUCACUUGUUUCCAGAGAUCAGGCAAUGAGCCUGUACCAGGCUGUGUUGGCAUUGCCGAGAGUGAAAGUGACUACUGCAUCCAACCACAACCAACUCCACAACCCACACCCAUUCCAACCUUUUCCCCCAUCAAUCUUCCAGCAAAUCAGCUUUUGGAGGUUGGAAAUGAUGGUGAGCCCACUGGCGUCUUUCCCCUGCAAGAAUGCCGUGGAGAUUGCGACGAUGACAGUGAAUGCCAAGGCAACCUGGUCUGUCUGCAGAGAUCUGGAAAUGAACCUGUCCCUGGCUGUGUGGGCACUGCAGAGAGUGGAAGUGACUACUGCAUCCAACCCCAACCGACUCCCAACCCAACUCCACAACCAACUCCACAACCGUUUGAUUUGGGCGGUGGAAAUGUGUUCAAGAUCAAACUCUAUUGGGAGGAAGGCUACUAUUGGCAAGAGGAGCGUUUUGAACGCAAAUGGUGUGCUGCCUACAACUACGACCGAUCCUAUUGCUGGUACGGAGACGACUGGGAUGACUGCGAAGACGACGAGCUGUACAUUGACGAUUGCGAUGAUCACUACGACUUUGACCAUCGCUUUGUAGAAGUGGGCAACGACGAAGUACUGAUCCGACUGGCGUACGAAGACAGAUGCUGGCAGAGAUCGGGCAGUCGAAUCUAUCUGCGACCCUGUGACAGCGGCAAUAGCAACCAGAGAUGGAUUACGUUGGGUGGAUGCUUUGGCUGCGAUCGUUUUGAACUGUCUCAACGAGGCUUGGACAAUCGAUGUGUGUCCAAUGAUCAUCAUCCCAAAUCACGAGAAGUUGUGGAGAUGCACACCUGUGACGGGUCGAGGGACUCGGACACAUCCUACUGGAACAGAUACUGA